UCGCUCAGGCGGUUGUCACUGCGCAUGCCCAGUGACAGCAAGGGCAGCGUCUCGAGGCUCCUGGCGCCCGGGCUGCUGCAGCUGCUCUGCUCGGUGCGCGCCCCACCCGCCCUGGCACGUGCGCGCCGCCAGGGGAGCAGCAUGGAGGCCGCGCUGAAGCGGGAACUGGGGACCUCAGUGCUGCGGCCCACGGGCCACUCGGGCGGCGGCUGCAUCAGCCAGGGCCAGAGCUACGACACCGACGGGGGCCGGGUCUAUGUGAAGAGCAACUCCAAGGCGGAGGCCAGAAGAAUGUUUGAGGGAGAAAUGGAAAGUUUAUCAGCCAUCCUGCAAACACAGACAGUAAAGGUGCCCAAACCCAUCAAAGUUAUAGAUGUGCCAGGAGGCAGCACUCUAUUUGUGAUGGAACAUUUGGAAAUGAGGAGUCUUAAUAGGCAUUCAGCGAAGCUUGGAACACAGUUGGCUGAUCUCCACCUUCACAACCAGAAACUUGGAGAGAAGUUGAAGAAAGAGGGGAACACUGUUGGUAAAAGUGAGGGGCAAACAGACAUCCAGUUCGUGGAUCGAUUUGGCUUUCACACGGUCACCUGUUGUGGCUAUCUCCCACAAGUGAAUGACUGGCAGAAUGACUGGGUGACUUUCUAUGCCAGGCAGCGAAUCCAGCCCCAGAUGGAUAUGGUUGAAAAGAAUUCAGGAGACAGGGAGGCAAGAGAACUUUGGGCACAGCUUCAGCUGAAGAUACCCAGUUUGUUCUGUGACAUGGAGAUCGUUCCUACUCUCCUUCAUGGGGAUCUGUGGGGAGGAAAUGUAGCUGAGGAUGACUCUGGCCCCAUUAUUUUUGACCCUGCCUCCUUUUAUGGUCAUUCAGAAUAUGAACUUGCGAUAGCUGGGAUGUUUGGUGGCUUCAGCAACUCUUUUUACUCUGCAUACCACAGUAAAAUUCCCAAAGCUCCAGGGUUUGAGAAACGACUCAAACUGUACCAACUUUUCCACUAUAUGAACCACUGGAACCAUUUUGGAUCAGGGUACAGAGGGUCUUCUCUAAACAUCAUGAGAAACCUGGUAAAAUGAUUUCACCCUCAAACAGAGUAUCUCACUCCCCCACUUAAGAAAACCCACACUUCUUGGUGAGGCAACUACAAUAAUAUUAAAACAGAUACUUGACCCUCUCCCUCUUUGCACAGCUAAAGAUCUAGAAUCAGAGAGUCCUGCUGAUCCCAGCUGUGACAUUUUCCAUCCCUUUAAGAUAUAGUCACUUGCUGCAUAAAAGAACUUGCAGGGUCAGGGUGGUGGUGUACAAUUCUGUUUUGGCAGAUUGAAUCAGAGAAGAAAACUCUUGAGUGUAAAUAAAUUGGAAGAGGUCCUAUGACAGAGACCAACCGUGCCACAUAUUGUUAAGUGUUUGCACUUGCACAUUGAUUCAGAAAUCAACAUGAAAAGCUUGGUGAAAUGGAAAGAAGGCCUUUCCUUACAUACCAAUGCAAAUGGCUGAAGGAGUUGCUCAUUGAGACUUUUCCUUCUGGUUGCUUGUUCGGCCAAAUUCUUUUCAGCCAUGCAUUUCUAGAUAUAGGUACCAAAGCAAUAGCAUGUUAACAUGAAAUCCAGAAAGGAAUAAAAAGUGAUCAGGGCUACCCAUAAACAAUUUUAAUAUGGUUCAAAUGGGUGGAGUCCUCUGCCCAUCCUAUUACAUAGUACUGUGUACAGACUUCUCAAAUGUUUCAUGUUUUGUGUGACACCAUGUGUUUGGGUUUUGCUGGCACAUUCCCAGGCUGUCCCAUGUCUGCUAGUCAACCAGCUUCUAGCUAGAGCCUAUUCAGAACUGAUACCAUCCUGCUUUUUGAACGGAGCUGUUUGAUAGGGUUUCCUCUCCUGCUGGAUGUCUUCAGACAGCGCUGGCUGCAUGUACACUUCCUCUGGGGAGGUGCUGCUGACUGGCACACACAACCGACGAUCAUUUUUGUGGUUGCCAUCACCCACAAGUAAAGAGAGGGCAAUUCAGUGCCAUUAGAUCAGUGAGUAGUUUCCACAUAAUUUGUCCAGAAUUCACACUGCAGGAGCUAUGAUGUGUCUUUUUGUGUUUCCGAGAGCCCCACAAACUGCACUACUUAGCUGUUGGCACAUUCAAGACCAAGGGAAGUCAAACUUGGACUGUUGAUGCACGUAAGAGCAUCUCACCACUUAAUACCUGUAUCACUAAAAUUUCUUCAAAGAAUUAAUGCAGGAAAACAUUAGGUUGCAGGAUAGUAGCUGUUCCAUGUGUGCUUGCAGGACAGUAACACUAAAACAAUAGCUCUGCUGUCUAGUUGUGGGCUUCUAGUGAUGUUUCGACAAAAGGACACCAGGUAGGUGAGAGAGAUGCAUGAUUCCUUACAUGCAUGCUAAGCAUAUGGGAGUGAUUUUUAUUGAACUAAAAUGUUUUUCACUGGAUUUAAGUUGGUACUGUGAUGUGCUGAAUUUCUCUGACCGCUGGUUUUGCAGUGAGUACUGAUACGAAUUUUGGUGACUACCAUUUGAAUAUUUCUCCUCCCCCCUAAUCCUAGUAGUAGUUUCACUGGCUGUUACUUGUUGGCUGGAAAAUACUGCAAAUCUUGCUUGGCAGCAUAGGUUGUUACUCAUCUCCUGCUGUUUAAAUAAAAUAUUAGUUUCC